ACUAUCAGAAUAAUAACAUCUAUAUUUCCAAUCGCGCUUUCUGACUUCUGCUCCCUGAAGUCCAACUUUCCCAGGAGCCUUUGAAUGCAGCACAAAAAUCACAGAUGCGGGACUGGUGGAGCGAUUUGGUCGUAACAGCUGUACGCCUGUGGUUACAUUAAAAUAUAUAUGUAUGUAAUAGGAUAUGGGUUUAUAAUAUGAAAUGUAAUAUUAUAAGGCAAGGUGUACACUGGUUUGCCUUUGACUUCUCGUCGAAGGCUCGUCUAUUUUGUCCCUGCGGGCUGGCCGUAGAUGUCCGUGCACGCAGUGGCUGUAAAGCGUGUGUCACAACCCGACAUGCUGAACUAAAACCAACCGAGUUGUGCUGAAAGUUUCAAGUACGGAAACGAUACGCGUGAGUGUGUUACUUUUCGUGAGGAGUCGCUAAGUCAAAGUGACCGCAGUCACGUGCACACACAGUUGACGUCAUACACAGUGGAUGCCUUCAGCGCCUUUUCUAAUCACGACCAAGUAGUCCACAUUUUUUAUUUUUAAACAGUAUUUAUAUAUAUAAAAUAAAGUAUAUACUUUAUUUUUAAAGUAUAUAAGUAUAUUUUAAGAGUCCCUGUUGUGAACAGGAGCAAAGGAAAGUCCCCUCGAUGGGUUUGCUAGAUGCUCUGAGAGCUGCGAGAUGUUGCCUGAAUCCGCUCUCAGCGCGCCGGUCGUGGCUCUCCACCAAGGCCUCGCCACCCGGGGACCAGAACAUCCUGCUCAUGGGCGCUCCCGGCGCCGGGAAGACCACGGUGGGGAGGAUAGUGGCCCACAGACUGGGACUGCCCGUCGUCGACGUCGACGACGACGUCUUGGAGACGACGUGGAAGAUGCCCGUGGCCUCCAAGCUGGCGGCGGUUGGCGGAGAGCGUUUCGUGGAGGAGGAGGGCCGGGCGCUCUGUAACUUCUCCGCAUCGGGGUGCGUCGUGUCCCUCACAGGCUCCAACCCUCUCCACGCCGCGGCCAUGCGCCGCCUCAAAGAGUCCGGGCUGGUAGUCUACCUGGACGUGGACAGCGAAGACGUCAUGCGGAGGCUCGCCGGGAUGAAGGUGAACAGAAUCGUGGGUCAGGAGGCCGGAGUGUCCAUGCGGGACAUCCUGCGCUACAGGAAGCAGUUUUAUGAGAAAUGGCUGGAUGUGCGGGUGCUGUGCGGCGCUGGGGCCACGGCGGAGAAAGUGGCGGAGAAGGUGCUGAAGGCCGUCGCCAGGUACCGCGACCACGCCGCGGAAACCUUCGUGUCGACCAGGAGCGACGCCGCGGCGGCGUCCGAGGGAAGGAAGCGCUUCAGCGACGUGGCGAUCGAGGGCCUGGCCGCGGAUGGAGGCCUCUACGUCCCCAAAAGGGGCUUCCCCAACAUGGACGCCGGCGAGUGGCGGAGGCUGGUCGACAUGUCGUACCCGGAGCGAGCGCUGGUGCUGCUGGAGCAGUGCAUACACCCGUCGGACGUCUCCGCCCCGGAGCUCAGGAAGAUGACCUUCGAGGCGUACGGGUCGAACUUCUCCAGCGAGGCCGUGGCGCCGGUGAAACACCUCGUCGGCAAUCAGUACGUCCAGGAGCUUUUCCACGGCCCCACCGCCUCGUUUAAAGACCUCGCCUUGCAGCUGAUGCCCCGGCUCUUCGCCCACUGCCUCCCGCCGAUGUGCAACUACCUGGUCCUGGUGGCCACCUCCGGGGACACGGGGAGCGCGGUGCUCAGCGGCUUUGGCGGCCUCGGCGGCGGCGGCGGCGCGGACCCGCACAGGACCGGGGUGCUGGUGUUCUUCCCCGAGGAAGGCGUGAGCGAGACCCAGAAGCUGCAGAUGACGAGCCGCACGGAGGGCAACGCCAGGGCCGUCGGCGUGCUGUCCGACUUCGACUUCUGCCAGCGGAGCAUCAAGAGGAUGUUUGGGGAGUCGGGGCUGACGGGGCACCUCGCCGUGGAGUACGCCACGGUCCUCAGCACCGCCAACUCCAUCAACUGGGCGCGGCUACUGCCGCAGGUGGUCUUCCACUCCUCAGCCUAUCUGGAUCUAUGCAGAGACGGCGUCAUCAAGUUCGGGGACCCCGUUGACGUCUGCAUCCCCACGGGUAACUUCGGCAACGCCAUGUCCGCCGUGUACGCCAAGCAGAUGGGCGUCCCGAUCAGAAAGGUCAUCUGCGCGUCCAACCACAACCGCGUCGUCGCGGACUUCGUGGCCACGGGCGAGUACGACCUGCGCGGGCGACCUCUGGUGCCCUCCUACUCCCCGGCUAUAGACAUCCUGACGUCCUCCAACCUGGAGCGGUUCGUCCACCACGUCUCGGGCGGCGACGGCGCCCUCGUCAAGGAGCUGUUCGCCGGCCUGGACGGGCGGCGGCGCUUUCGGCUCGGCGGCGCCCUCCUCGGCAGGAUGCAGCGAGAGGUGGCGGCCGGCUGGUGUUCCGAGGGCGACUGCUUGGCCGCCAUCCGGGACGUGCACGCGCAGACGGGCUACCUCAUGGACCCGCACACCGCCGCGGCCAAGGCGGUGUGCGACGCGGUGCAGGACGGCUCCUGCCCCGCGGUGCUCUGCGCCACCGCCCACUACGGGAAGUUCGCUCCCGCCGCGUUCCAGGCCUUGCGGCUCCGGGACGUGCCGGAGGAUCCCGCGGAGCAGCUGAGGCGGCUCGGGUCGACCGCGUCCGCGCCGGAAAUGCACGGAGGCCUGAUGGGGUGCCUGGAGGAGACGGGCCGCGGGCCGCACGCCGUCCGCCAGGCGGAUUACGGCGUGCUGGUUGAAGAGGUGGAGAGCAUGAUACGGGACUCCUUCUUGAAGGUCGUGUAGGAUCACGUCCUCGUCGCUCUGCCAAUGGACGUGACACUUUCGAGCUAAUUUGAGAUUUAAUAGAGAAAUAUAUCUGUAAUAUUUUAAGAAAUGAACAAAGGGUCAUACAAAGUAUUAGAAAUGUGUCAUUUCAAUCCAGCCUGAAGGAUUAAGUUAAAAACAACAACCACACAUCCAUUCUGUAAUAGAGCUCUAAACUCAUUUUAAAGCUAAUUGAUUAUGCAACAUCUCUUCACAGCAUUAGCCAGAGCCCCGGCCCACUAGAUGGGGAUGUCUACCUCUUGGCCACUGGCUGCUACAGUAAAUGUGGAUUCCUGUUGGCGGGGAGGGGGCGUUAAUUACCAGCCAAGUCUGAAGGUCAAAUAAUCUAGUAAAUAGCUUUGCCGGAUCAAUACCUGCAGUCGGGGGGGGGACAUCCUCUCUGAGAUGAUUCUACGCCGGUGCAUCGUGGUGCGACCGGACGGAUUUGCCGCGCGAUGAUUGAUGUUUAAUGAUUGUAUAAGAAAGGCUUCGUUUAAAUCACCUUCUUUCUCGUUACUCAAACUCUUCCCCGCUGACGUGAGCACGGAUGCCGGGUUAUGAAAGCUGCGCGGGCGGAUCUCGCGGCGGCAUUAAAACGCGGCUAAUGAUCGGCGCUCACGGUCCACUAAUUGCCAUCGGGAAGCUGCAGCAUCUGGUCCACUCAUCGAAUCGGAGUCCGCUGAAAUCAUUAGCUACCCGACUGAAGGUAGAAGGGCGGUUAUUGUUUCAUUAAAAAGAAAAACCUUUUGAGCCUCA